GCUAUGCAGCCCAAAUAGGUGUUACAUCAGUGUAUAUUCAGAACUGUGUAUUGUAUAAAGCAACAGGUUUUGUUGUGACAAGUUAUAAAAAUACUGAUCUGUGUUGCUCAUAGAAGGAAGCAAAUAGUUUUAGCCCACAUGUCUAUGCACGUUCAGUUAUGGGCUUGGCAAUCCAGUUCCCUCUACGCUAAAGUAAAAUACAGUAUAUUCAGUGGCAGAUGCAGCAGAGGAAUGGAUUCCUAGGCCAGCACAAUGUUCUCGUUUCAGCAUUUACAUAUUUUUAUGGUGGCUGCUUUUUUGCUCACUAAAGUAGAGUUUUCAGGAAGUAGCUGUGUGAGGAAAAGGUCAUUUCUGAAAUACUAUGAAAAGCUCUCUUACGACAACUAUGAAUUACUUCAGAAGCACAAGAGAUCAAAAAGAGCUUCAGAAGAGGAGAAACAGUCGAUUUCUUUAGACCUCUUUGCAUACAACAGAACUUUUGCAUUAUUAUUAAAAAGAGAUUUAAGUGUGUUUGCUGAAGAUGUUCAAGUACUGUCCAAUAAUAGACCACUACCAGUGGAUAUAUCAUUUGUAUACUCUGGAGCUCUAAAAGAUGAAUUUGAAUCAUUUUGCCAUGGAGCUAUCAUUGAUGGACAUUUCGAAGGCUUUAUACAUACAAAAAAUGGUACAUUUUAUGUAGAGUAUGAAAAAAAUCUGAAUGGCACAACAGAUUCUUAUAUCUACCAUGAGAAAGACAUUGACUAUUCUCUUAUGAAAGACAAGAAAUCAUUUGAAUUGACAUUGAAGAAAUACCAGCUUUUGGAAAAAAUGAAAUUGAAAGCAAAGGAGGAAGAUCUCACCAGGAAAAAGAGAAGUUUGGAUUUAUCUCGCACAACUUGUCUGCUUUACUUGAAGGCUGACUAUUUAUUUUAUAAAAGAUUUAAUAGCAUAGAGCAAGUUAUUUCCCAGAUAUCUUCAUACAUGACAUCAGUAAACACAAUAUACGGACAAGCAAAUUUUAAUGGCAUCAAAGGUAUCAACUUUAAAAUAAAAACACUAAACGUGGUUCAGGAGGAUAAGCCCUCAAGCGUUAUGCAUCCUACUUUCAUUGGCCCAGAAAAACUUCUAAUGUUACACUCAGAAUCUAACUGGAACAACUAUUGCCUGUCAUAUUUGAUGACAGACAGAGAUUACAAUGGAGUACUGGGGCUCGCCUGGAAUGGCAGACCAGGGAACUCUGGGGGUAUAUGUUCAAAAUAUUCCCAGCAUGAAGGAAAUCUCAAAACGGUAGUUACACUGAAUACUGGCAUAGUAACUAUACAGAAAUAUGGACAGUACCUACCACCAAGGCUCAUUCAUAUAACACUGGCUCAUGAAUUAGGCCACAGCCUAGGAGCACCGCAUGAUGAAAGUCAAGAAUGUGCAAAGUUCGACACAAACAGUGAUAAUGGAAAUUAUUUGAUGUUUCCCUAUGCCAUGGAUGGAAAUCAAUACAAUAACGAUAAAUUUUCUCCCUGUUCAAUUUUUUAUAUUGGGAAUCUUCUGAGAGUAAAAAAAGAUCAGUGUUUUGUCGAGAGUGAUCGUCCAACUUGUGGCAAUCAAAUUGUGGAAGAAGGGGAGCAGUGUGAUGUAGGUUAUAAUGACAAUGACCCAUGUUGUUAUGGCGCAGAAAGUGCAAUGCAGUGCACAUUAAAACCAGGGAAACAGUGCAGCCCUAGCCAAGGAUUAUGUUGCAGUCAUUCAUGCUCUUAUAAGCCAAAAAGUCAAAAGUGUCAAGAAGAAGGAGAAUGCACACUGGAAAAUUACUGCACCGGAGAGUCUUCGAAAUGUUCAAAACCUCUUCCUAAAAGCAAUUACACUCUUUGUAACUUAGGAACAAGGAUCUGCAUAAAUGGAAUGUGUCGUCAAUCAGUCUGUGCAAAAUUUGGCAUGGAGCAAUGUGAUUGUAAUAGUGAAUCCAUGCAUGAAAAGUGCCAGCUCUGCUGUCAACAACCAGGUAAUGUGUAUUCCUGCAAAAGCACUAAAUCUGUAGAACUGGAGCGUUUCUUUAACGGAGCUCUUGUUCAGCUCCCACCUGGUUCACCAUGUGGAAACAGACAAGGAUACUGUGACAAAUUUCACAUUUGCCGGCUUGUUGAUGCUGAUGGACCAAUUGCCAUGCUUAAAAAUUCUUUCUUGAAUUUAAUUGAGCUGGAAGACCCUGCAACCUGGAUGUUGACACACUGGUGGGCAAUCCUGCUGAUUAUUCUGACACUGGCUGCUUUAAUGGCUGGCACUGUGUUCAUCUUUGGCAGAACUCUGGAUUCUGAGAAAGAAAGACAACAAAAUAAAGAAGAAAGACGCAGCACUCAGCAAAGAAGCACCAAAAUUGUGUACAGUAGAAAAGAUGACUAUGUUACAGCAGAGUAUUUAAAGUAUCAGGAAAAAACAUACUGUAGAUAUUAGUUAUUAGUUUAAAGGCUUCCAUGUAACACAUAGAAUGGUGCCAUCAGUAUAAAAAAAAUUGAGAGUGCUGAGAGAGUGACCUUUGUCAAUGUAGACCUGAAACAUUGCUGUGCUUGGUCUGUGCCAGUUUGAUAAAUAAAGGCAUUUUAAGCAUUUGAAAAAGGUUUUUUUUGGAAUGCUGUCCAUGAUCUGGAAAUGUCAUGACCUGUAAAGAUGAACAAAGUGGGACAUGGACCCGGUAUACAUGGAAUUUGAUGAAGGUGUUCAUCACUUAUACAUCAAGUAUCAAUAAUUUGUGCUUACAACAGUUUUGAUACCUCUGUCGGCAAAAGAGCAAAUACCAGGAGUGCUGGUGGCUCCCUCUCAUUUGCUUGAUAAGAACCCUCCCUCCAUUGUUUUUUUCAAAAAUUACAUUUCAAGUUUUCUUGCCUUCAUUUCUCAGGUUAUUAUUUUUUGGUAAAAAGUGAUAUUGACCUAUUCCACCUUGGUCUAAAUGGAUUGUCAUUUAAGGUUUUUUUUUGGCUUCAUAUAAAAAAAAAUUCUGGAAAAUAAAAUAUUUAUUUGUAAGUUAA